CUCAAGUUGGGGGAUCGUCGGCUGCUAGCCGCCGCCUGCUAGCCGGUCCCUGCCGGCUCCGGGGCCGCGGGCACCGCCGCCGCCUGCUCGUCCUGCCCGCUCGGCUCGCCUGUGUUGGAACGGAAAGCAAGCCCUUCUCCGCCGCGAGGACCGGCCCCCCCAGCGUGGCCGGGCAUCCCCGGCCACUUUUUCCUGGUCGAAGCUUUUUCCGGGAGGGGCGCUCGGCCGGCUUCCCGGGUUCCAGCGGGACUCUCGCCGCCGGGCGUGGGGGGGUGGGGAGGGAGGCCCCCCGUGCCCCCGGCGAGCAGGGGGUGGCGGAAAGCGCCCGGGCUGCGCGGAGCCUGUCGCACGGAAGCAAGAACUUAUUCAACAAGUUUACCUCCCCCCCACACACCCCCUGCGUUCCUCUUUUCGAUGUGCGUUUUCGGACAUGCGGAGGUUACUGGAACCGUGUUGGUGGAUUUUGUUCCUGAAAAUCACCAGUUCUGUGCUCCAUUAUGUCGUGUGCUUCCCGGCAUUGACUGAAGGCUAUGUCGGGGCCCUGCAGGAGGACAGACACGGCAGCACAGUGCAGAUCCGAAGGCGCAAGGCGUCAGGUGAUCCAUACUGGGCCUACUCCGGCGCAUAUGGUCCUGAGCACUGGGUUACAUCUAGUGUCAGCUGUGGGGGCCGUCAUCAGUCUCCUAUAGACAUUGUGGAUCAUCAUGCUCGUGUCGGUGAAGAAUACCAGGAACUGCAGCUUGAUGGCUUUGACAAUGAAUCUUCUAACAAAACCUGGAUGAAAAACACUGGGAAAACAGUUGCCAUCCUUCUGAAAGAUGACUAUUUCGUCAGUGGCGCUGGCCUGCCUGGCAGAUUCAAAGCUGAGAAGGUGGAAUUCCACUGGGGCCACAGCAAUGGCUCUGCAGGCUCCGAACACAGUGUCAAUGGCAGAAGGUUUCCCGUGGAGAUGCAGAUUUUCUUUUACAAUCCUGACGAUUUUGACAGCUUUCAAACCGCCAUUUCUGAGAACAGAAUAAUUGGAGCCAUGGCCAUAUUUUUCCAAGUCAGUCCAAGGGACAAUUCCGCACUGGAUCCUAUUAUCCAUGGGUUGAAGGGCGUCGUACAUCAUGAGAAGGAGACCUUCCUGGAUCCUUUUGUCCUUCGGGACCUCCUGCCUGCCUCUCUGAGCAGCUACUACCGGUAUACUGGCUCCUUGACCACCCCUCCCUGCAGUGAAAUUGUGGAGUGGAUUGUCUUCCGGAAGCCUGUCCCCAUCUCUUACCAUCAGCUCGAGGCUUUUUAUUCCAUCUUCACCACCGAACAGCAAGACCACGUGAAGUCAGUGGAGUAUCUGAGAAAUAACUUCCGACCACAGCAGGCUCUGAAUGACAGAGUUGUAUCUAAGUCUGCCGUCCGGGAUGCCUGGAGCCAUGACAUGGCCGACUUCUCAGACAACCCACUGGGGACAGAAGCCUCUAAAGUCUGCAGCUCUCCGCCCAUCCACAUGAAGGUACAGCCUCUGAACCAGACAGUACUGCAGGUGUCCUGGAGCCAGCCUGAGACUAUCUACCACCCGCCCAUCAUGAACUACAUGGUCUCCUACAGUUGGACCAAGAAUGAGGACGAGAAGGAGAAGACAUUCACCAAGGACAGUGACAAAGACUUGAAAGCCACCAUCAGCCAUGUCUCACCCGAUAGCCUUUACCUGUUCCGAGUCCAGGCUGUGUGUCGAAAUGACAUGCGCAGUGACUUCAGCCAGACCAUGCUCUUCCAAGCUAAUACCACCCGGAUAUUCCAAGGGACCAGGAUUGUGAAAACAGGAGUGCCCACGGCCUCUCCUGCCUCUUCGGCCGACAUGGCCCCCAUCAGCUCCGGGUCAUCUACUUGGACAUCCUCGGGCAUCCCCUUCUCCUUCGUUUCCAUGGCAACAGGCAUGGGCCCCUCCUCCAGCGGCAGCCAAGCCACCGUGGCCUCGGUGGUCACCAGCACCCUCCUGGCCGGCCUGGGGUUCGGUGGGGGCGGCAUCUCCUCCUUCCCCAGUACUGUGUGGCCUACGCGUCUCCCCACGGCCCCCGCGGCCACCAAGCAGGCGGGGAGGCCGGUCCUGGCCACCACCGAGGCCUUGGCCUCAUCGGGUCCCGAUGGAGAUUCAGCCCCCGCCAAGGACAGCGAGGGCACGGAGGAAGGAGAGAAGGACGAGAAGAGCGAGAGUGAGGACGGGGAGCGGGAGCACGAGGAGGAGGGGGAGAAGGACUCCGAGAAGAAGGAGAAGAGCGGCAGGGUGAGCCACGCUGCCGGGCAGCCCAACCAGACAGCGCACACCCCGGCCCCCUCCGCCCCCAACAGGACUGCCCAGGAGGACGGUCAUCAGACUAUACCGGGGCGCAGGCGGGAGCACCCAGCCACCCCCACCCUGCAGCCCGGAGAAGCGAGGAACACCACCCCAGGCCUGGACUCGGAUGAGGUCCCUUCCACCCACGUGCCUCCCACAGCUACAGAGGAAGAGUCUACAGGGAGUGACCCCAGGAGUGACCCCAACCUGCCAUCUAGAAGACCCCCGUCCCGAGGGGACAGAUUCUCUGAGGAUAGCAAGUUUAUCACUGUCAAUCCAGCAGAGAAGAACACCUCUGGAAUGAUAAGCCGGCCCUCUCCAGGGAGGAUGGAGUGGAUCAUCCCUCUGAUUGUGGUAUCAGCCUUGACCUUCGUGUGCCUCGUCCUUCUCAUUGCUGUGCUAGUGUACUGGAGAAAAUGUUUUCAGACUGCCCAUUUCUAUGUGGAAGAUAGCAGUUCACCUCGCGUGGUCCCCAAUGAAAGUAUUCCUAUCAUUCCUAUUCCAGAUGACAUGGAAGCCAUUCCUGUCAAACAGUUUGUUAAACACAUCGGCGAGCUGUAUUCUAAUAACCAGCGUGGGUUCUCUGAGGAUUUUGAGGAGGUCCAACGCUGUACAGCAGAUAUGAACAUCACUGCAGAACAUUCCAAUCAUCUAGAUAACAAGCACAAAAACAGAUACAUCAACAUUUUAGCAUAUGAUCACAGUAGGGUGAAGUUAAGACCUUUACCAGGAAAAGACUCUAAGCACAGCGACUACAUUAAUGCAAACUAUGUCGAUGGUUACAACAAAGCGAAAUCCUACAUUGCCACGCAGGGACCUUUAAAGUCGACAUUUGAAGACUUCUGGAGGAUGAUUUGGGAGCAAAAUACCGGAAUCAUUGUCAUGAUUACAAAUCUUGUGGAGAAAGGAAGACGGAAAUGUGAUCAGUAUUGGCCAACAGAGAACAGCGAAGAGUAUGGAAACAUUAUUGUCACACUGAAGAGCACAAAAGUACAUGCCUGCUACACUGUUCGUCGUUUUUCAGUCAGAAACACGAAAGUGAAAAAGGGUCAGAAGGGAAACCCCAAGGGCCGUCAGAAUGAAAGGAUAGUGAUCCAGUAUCACUACACACAGUGGCCUGACAUGGGGGUUCCUGAGUAUGCCCUCCCGGUCCUGACCUUCGUGAGGAGAUCUUCGGCAGCCCGCACACCAGACAUGGGCCCCGUGCUGGUGCACUGCAGCGCUGGUGUGGGCAGGACAGGCACCUAUAUUGUGAUAGACAGCAUGCUGCAACAGAUAAAAGACAAAAGCACAGUUAAUGUCCUGGGAUUCCUGAAGCAUAUCAGGACUCAGCGUAACUACCUCGUCCAGACUGAGGAGCAGUACAUUUUCAUCCACGAUGCCUUGUUGGAAGCCAUUCUUGGAAAGGAGACUGAAGUAUCUUCAAAUCAGCUACAUAGCUAUGUUAACAGUAUCCUCAUACCAGGAGUGGGAGGAAAGACUCGGCUGGAAAAACAAUUUAAGCUGGUCACUCAAUGUAAUGCAAAAUAUGUGGAGUGCUUCAGUGCUCAGAAAGAGUGCAACAAAGAAAAGAACAGAAACUCUUCAGUUGUGCCAUCUGAGCGUGCUCGAGUGGGUCUUGCCCCAUUGCCUGGAAUGAAAGGAACAGAUUACAUUAAUGCUUCUUAUAUCAUGGGCUAUUACAGAAGCAAUGAAUUUAUUAUAACCCAGCAUCCUCUGCCACAUACUACAAAAGAUUUCUGGCGAAUGAUUUGGGAUCAUAAUGCACAGAUCAUCGUCAUGCUGCCAGACAACCAGAGCUUGGCAGAAGAUGAGUUUGUGUACUGGCCAAGCCGAGAAGAAUCCAUGAACUGUGAGGCCUUUACUGUCACUCUUAUCAGCAAAGACAGACUGUGCCUCUCUAAUGAAGAACAAAUUAUCAUCCAUGACUUUAUCCUUGAAGCUACACAGGAUGACUAUGUCCUAGAAGUUCGACACUUUCAGUGCCCCAAAUGGCCUAACCCAGAUGCUCCCAUAAGCAGUACCUUUGAACUGAUCAAUGUCAUCAAGGAAGAGGCCUUAACACGGGAUGGCCCCACUAUUGUUCAUGAUGAGUAUGGAGCAGUUUCAGCAGGAAUGUUGUGUGCCCUUACCACCCUGUCCCAGCAGCUGGAGAAUGAAAAUGCUGUGGAUGUUUUCCAGGUGGCAAAAAUGAUCAAUCUUAUGAGACCUGGAGUAUUCACAGACAUUGAACAAUACCAGUUUGUCUAUAAAGCAAUGCUCAGCUUGGUCAGCACUAAAGAAAAUGGAAAUGGUCCCAUGACAGCAGACAAAAAUGGUGCUGUGCUCAUUGCAGAUGAAUCAGACCCUGCCGAGAGCAUGGAGUCUCUAGUGUGACUGGAUUCCGGAAAGGGCACUUAAUUUGUAAACUUCUGAAGACUGAGAACUUUUUUGAGGCCUUUUUUGCCAGACUCUAGGUUAUACAAUAACCCAGUUACUUUUUUACACUGAUAAAAGUUUUGAUAUUUAUUUUUUGCCAUUUUAUGUCUUAAUGGUAUCCUACUGAGCAUUUGCACCUCUGUUCAUUUCACACAGUGAAACGCAAUUUUACCUAGUUUGCACUAUAUGAUCAGUGUUACUGCCUAUAAUCUAAUACUAAAGCAAACCCUGAUGUGACAUUCCAUGACAGCGUAUGUGCUACUUUUUAGUUCAGUACAGUGAAGGUCUUUGUAAUGACAGUGAAUCUUGGUUUUCAUUAUUAUUGCUAAAGCAGUUGCAUUCUACUAGCAGGCAAUGCUGUACUUUUCUUCAGUCCUCCCCUCCUAUUUUUUAGGCACUGUUCAAUACUGUAUGCCUUCUGUAUUUUAAUGGAGUGGAUGGAUCAUGUUUUCUUUUACAAAAUAGCUGGCUAUCAGGAGCUACUAAGGUCUAUUAACAUUGUAGCCUUGAAACAGUUCCGUUUAUGAUGGCUAAGAAAUCCAGUAAGAAAUUAGGAGGUUUAAGAGUUGCUUCAUGUGAACAUCUCUGAUUAGUUAUGAAGUUAUAUUCACAGCUUAAAAAAUGUGUCAAAAUAAAGGAUAACUGUAUUACAGCUUUCACAGUAGCUAUGUGGACAGUGUGUGUUAUUUCCACUUGACUCUCUGAAACAGCUAGCCCCUAAAAUCAGGGCUAUCAUUUACAGUAGAAAGGUGGCAAUCUUUUACACAACUAUAGAUCCUCUAAAUAAUCCUCACUAAUGCAUUUUUGUUGAUAAUACCUUCCCUUAUGAUAGGUAGAAUAAAAAUUUUUGCAAAUGUACAAUUCUGAAACUAGUACUCUAAAAAUGUUCCACUACAUAUAGCCAUCUAAUAAAAACUACCUGUAGAAUUAA